AUGGUUAUGGCUAUGCAACAGCAAAAUGCAUAUUUUGCUCGGAUGGAAGCUGAAAGAGUUGCACCUGGUGCAGCAAGACCCACGGGGUCACAGGAGAGCCGAGACCUAGCCGAGUUCCGAAAGUGUCAUCCCCCACAGUUUACGGGUGAAGCGGAUCUAGAGGUAGCUGACCGAUGGAUACGUGAGUUAGAGAAGAUCUUUACUGUUCUGGGGUGUUCUCCAAAGAAGAGGUUGGCAUAUGCGGUGUAUAUGCUGGUGGGAGAGGCCGAGCAUUGGUGGAGAAACACCUACCAGAUACUUGCUGCUAGGGGAGUCACAGUUGAUUGGGAGUGCUUCAGGACAGUAUUCAUGGAGAAGUAUUAUCUGGAGAGCGCUAUUUCUGAAGCCUGGAAGUGCAUAAAAUUUGCUGAGGGGCUGAAGUAUGAGUUAAAGAAGGUGGUGGUGCCUAUGGCCAUCACCGAGUUUCCUGCCUUAGUAGAGAAGGCAAAGAUUGUAGAGAGGUUAGAAGGCAGUAACCGGGUGAUCAGAGCUGCUGAGGGACCAGCUGGGUCCAAGAGAGGAAGUGGAAGUCAGGGGGCGCUGUAUGCUAGGCCCCAGCCACAGCAAAGGGGUCCUGUCAUUAGGCAACCUGCUGAGACUACCAGAGGAGGAGGACAGGGUGGAGGUGUUGCCCUUAAGUGUUAUAGAUGUGGUGGAUCCCAUUUGAUCAAGGAUUGUCCACACACUGAGAGUAGGUGUUUCAGAUGUCAGCAGAUGGGCCAUGUGUCUUUUAACUGUCCCACCAGGAGUAGACCGGAGAGGAGUACUCAGAGGAGCGAUACGCAGAGAGAUGAUACUCAGAGGAGUAGUGUUCAGAGGACUGAGACUCAGCGGGGUGAUAGACCCACUACAGCUGGUAGGGUGUUCGCUUUGACGGGUGCUAAGGCUUCGACUUCUUCUGACCUAGGAUGGAUUGGUUAUCUGCCAAUCGUAUCCUUAUAG